CUUUCUCCCUUACUAAAAAGUAAAAACCCAAUUCAUUUUCCAAGUUUUAAAUUCACGUUUUCACUGAUAAUUUUCUAAACAUAAAUUAAGAUGGAGAAAUCGAAAUCAGAAUCGAACAUCUUCAGCGUUCGAAUUGUUUCAAUCGAUCAUUAUAUGUCGCCUCCAAUCACAGACCUAGAUAUUUCUUACAGUAGUUUUCAAGGUGGAGUAGUGAAUGAAGUUCCAGUUAUACGAAUUUUCGGUUCUACUCCUGCUGGUCAGAAAACCUGCUUGCAUGUACAUCGUGCUUUACCUUAUCUGUAUAUAUCCUGUUCAGAUAUCUCACUGGAAACACCUGAAGAAGGUGACAAAUAUUUAAGGCUCAUAUCUAGUGCAAUCGAAAAGGCUUUAAAGCUUAAGGGAAGUGCUGACAAUAGAAGACAACAUGUGCAUGGUUGCAGUUUGGUACGAGCAAGGAAGUUUUACGGUUACCAUCCCACGGAGGAGCUAUUUGUAAAAAUAUACUUAUAUUACCCGCACGAAGUUGCUCGCGUUGCUAAACUCCUUUUGGAUGGUGCAAUAUUGGAUAAAAGUUUCCAGCCGUAUGAAUCACAUAUUCCUUACCUGCUUCAGUUUAUGAUCGACCACAACUUAUAUGGAAUGGGUCAGCUACACGUAUCAAAGGUGAAAUUCCGCCAUCCUUUACCUGAUGGUUUCACCCCGAAAAGGGAUCACUCUGAUGACCAGAGUCAAACUGUUAUAGCGAAGAUUACCAAUGCUUCUGCUAACUCUCAGGCAGACCCAACUAGUGAUGCAUUUCUGGAUUCUCCAAUCUGGAUAUCUUCCACAAUUCCCAGUGGGUGGAUGUGGCCUUAUCCUACAGAGCAUUGUGGCUCGUUUGAUAAAGGUCUUGACCUCAUUAAGCGUCAAAGCAUUUGUCAGCUUGAGGGAGAUGCGAUUGUGGAUGAGAUAUUGAAUCAACAGCUGAAGGUAUACUCAUCUAUGUCUCAGACUCGACCGGAUGUGAAAAUGGUUCAAUCACUCAUACCAAUUUGGGAGGAGGAGUAUGAAAGAACUGGUCUGCAUGAAGCGACAAUAUCUCCUGAUCCUAGCAAGCCACUUCCUGAACACGUGUUGCAGACUUUUUCACACGGACACGAACUCGAGAGUGCAUUCUGGAAUAUGUGCAGGAAAACUGAUACGGCAUCAUCCUAUCAAAAUACUCCAUCAGCAGAGGCUGAAAAUUUCAUGCUCUCUGUAAGAUCUUUAACUGAUGUCGUCAACUUGGUCGACUCAGGAGAACGAGUGAGUUCCAGCUUUCCUGCUGGCGAAUCUUCGAAGUGUCCUGAAGAAGUUAAUGAAAACUCUCCCGCAGAAGCUGGAAGAUCGCCAUGCAAACAGGGUCAGGGUGAACAUGAACUGGUACCAGGUAAUGAGGGAUUGCCAACAUCUGAAAUGGCUGAGGCCUCAGAUUCUAAGAUAACAGAUAUGGAAACCCUUGAAAUUUUGAGGUGGCUUGCUUCUUCUCAAGCAGCAAAUGACUUAGACACAGAUGACGAAUUUGUCCAGGAGUUGGUUCUUAGUCCCUUUAUUCCCAAAGAGAAAAUAGACAGAGUCUUAGAAAAUGCUAGUUUGGAUCAUGAGAGCGAAUCCCAAAAAGAAUGUCAAGACAUACUUGAUUCAGUUGACCACAUGGCUUAUGAUGAGGAUUUCAAAGAUCGAAUGGCCGCAUCCACUGUUUGUAGCUCUCUGUGCCAGACGUCGUCAGAAAAUACCAUUCCUCAAGUAGAUGGUUCACAUGAUGAUAACCUAGUUGAUCAUGUUGGUAAUACAAAUGAAGAAAAGAUGAGCAAUGAAUUAGAAGGACCUUCAUACCAGGUACCCGAACAAAAAGGUGCGCACCUCGAUAGUAAGUUGAAAAAGACCAAAACGUUAUGGGGAUCCUUACCUUUUUCCAAUGAAGAAAAGUUGGACAAUGAUUCAGAGUGUUCUAACUCUGCUGAUUCAUGUGCUGACAAGAUACAUCAUACCACUUCCCAUUCUUCAUCUGGAAAUAAAAUUGACAAACUCUGUGAAAUAUCCACAACCAAUAAUAGUACACCUAUUUCCAGUUUGAAAGAAGGAAAAGAGCUCAUUGGAAGUUCCCUAAGGGACUUAAUGAGGAAAAAGCGACGCACCGGAAUUCAGCCAUGUGGGACUUCUGGAGCAAAAAAGAUUCUUUCGUCAAAGGACCUUAAAGCGGAGGCAUAUCUCUGUCCAAAGAAGCUACAAUUUCAUGCGGUGCAUGAUAAAGAACCAGUUCCAACUCAUGGGAGGAGUUCAUUUCCUUCAACAUGCUCAUCAGAGGUGAGACCAAGUGAUAAGGUGCAUGUAGGAGCUUCUGCUGUAAGUGGAGUCUUUAGUUUCUCAGAUCCCUGUCCUUUGCCACACGGUUCCAGCUCAAGAUCUGUGGAUGAUUAUAACCCGGGCGAUUUCCCAACAUCACGGCGGGUAACUGGAGUCAGAUUUAACACUUGCGAAAAUCCAAUUACUGCAGUGGAUGUGAAUCUGGCGCAGGUUGACAAUCAUGCCAGUGUUGAACAGGAGAGACCUACCUGUUUGUCAAUACAUGAUAGUUCACAAUACAGAUCCCUUCAAAGUAAAGGAGGGCCUUCUGAAGGGAUCUUAAGCAAGAAACCCUGUAUGAUAGAUGAGAUUAAAGGCUUAUCAGACGACCUGUCAUAUCAAGGGUACUGCCAGGAGAAGAAAGAAGAUCAGUGCAAGUCUGUUAUAAAUUUUCAUCAGGAAACUGUUACCGGUGUUCCUACUCUUUACCAGAAUGAUGGUUCAGUCUUAUACUUGCUGACAACUGUAUUUUCGCCACCUUCUGUGGAUAAUGUGCAAAGUUGGCUUUCGCAUCUGCAACCGCAAAAUGCUGCAGAUGACAAACCAGGUACCCUGGAGACAAAUGUCCAAUUAUCACUGCCAGAAUCAUCUUCAGAACACAGUGAUGGUCAUGGAUUUUCACAGGAGGAAAACGAUACCCAGGAAAAUGAGAAAAUGUUGCCCGAGUCCCCAAAACCCCAUGAGUUACGUAGGAUAAACACACAAGGGUUUCCGGCUGGUGUUUGUCAUGAGAAAUCACGUGAACCAGAAAUCGUGUUGUGUGCGGAACCAUUUCUGGAUCCAUCAAGGAAAGAAGACUCUCCAUCCCUUAAGACAGAAACUGUUGCCUGUCAUCCAAAUGAAACAUGUCUUGAACAAAGUAACUUAAAAGAAAAAGAACACACGGAAACCUGGCAAGAUGUCUCUCAGAUUUCAGGCCCAGAUAGAAGGUCGAAGCUUACUCCUCUCAGCCAAACUGGAUUUCGGGAUCCUGCUAGUGUUGGUGCUGGGCAGCAGCUAACUUUAUUGAGCAUAGAGAUUCACACGGAAUCAAGAGGAGAUCUUCGGCCGGAUCCUCGGUUUGAUGCCGUCAAUGUUAUUUCUCUUGCGAUUCAGGAGGAUAAUGAUCAUGUUCCUGAAGCUUUUGUGCUCUUGAGAUCUAACAUUCGGGAAUCAUUUAGGAGGAAUCUUGAUGGAAUAUCUGGCUGUAAGGUGGUAACUGUCUCUGACGAGAAACUCUUGUUCCACCAUUUCGUGAAAAUAAUUAGAUUCUAUGAUCCAGAUGUUUUGUUGGGUUGGGAAAUUCAAGGUGGUUCGAUUGGUUAUUUAGCUGAAAGGGCCGCACACUUUGGUUUAGGUCUAUUGAGUAGCAUAUCAAGGAUGCCUACUCCUCAUAAUAAAACUGCAUCUGGAAAUUCAGCUUCUCCUGCAAAAGAGAUACCAGAUAAUUUGCUACCUGAAGCCCCGAUGUCUGAGAUGAUUGUUCUCGAGGAUGCAAUAAUUGAUGAUGAAUGGGGUCGCACUCAUGCCAGUGGUGUGCAUGUGGAUGGAAGAAUUGUUCUAAAUUUUUGGCGGCUGAUGCGAGGAGAUAUCAAGCUUAAUAUGUAUACCAUUGAGGCUGUAGCUGAGGCAGUGUUGAGGCGCAAAAUUCCAUCCAUUCCUUUCAGAAUAUUGGCACAGUGGUUUUCAAGUGGUCCUGGACGAGCGAGAUUUCGUUGCAUUGAGUAUGUCUUAGGAAGAGCAAAGCUGAACCUUGAGAUAAUGAAUAAGCAUGAUUUGAUAAAUCGAACAUCAGAGCUUGCUCGCGUUUUCGGCAUUGACUUUUUCUCGGUUCUUUCUCGAGGUUCCCAGUAUCGUGUUGAAUCUAUGCUUCUGCGAUUAGCACAUACACAGAACUACCUUGCCAUCUCGCCGGGGAACCUACAGGUAGCUUCCCAACCUGCAAUGGAGUGUCUACCUCUUGUAAUGGAACCUGAAUCUGGUUUUUAUGCGGAUCCAGUUGUUGUUUUGGAUUUUCAAUCUCUUUAUCCAUCUAUGAUAAUUGCAUAUAACCUCUGCUUCUCGACAUGCCUUGGUAAAGUCAUUCCUUCCAAAGAAAAUACACUUGGUGUCAGCAAGUAUGUGCCAGAUCCCCAACUCUUGGCAAAUUUGAAAGAUCAAAUAAUGCUUACUCCUAAUGGCGUCAUGUAUGUAACUUCAAAGAUCCGGAAAGGUGUACUACCCCGUCUGUUGGAGGAAAUUUUAUCAACUAGAAUUAUGGUGAAACAAGGAAUGAAGAAGUUGACACCUUCACAACAAGUUCUGUCUAGGAUAUUUAAUGCAAGACAGCUUGCUCUGAAGCUUAUUGCCAACGUAACUUAUGGUUAUACAGCGGCUGGCUUUAGUGGCCGCAUGCCAUGUGCUGAGCUUGCUGAUAGUAUCGUACAAUGUGGUCGUAGAACUCUGGAGACAGCCAUUUCUUUUGUAAAUGCACAUGAAGAAUGGAAAGGCCGAGUAAUAUAUGGUGAUACUGACAGCCUGUUUGUUCUCCUUAAAGGACGAUCAGCAAAGGAAGCUCUCUUAAUUGGACAAGAAAUUGCAUCUGUUAUUACGUCAAUGAAUCCAUAUCCUGUCGCAUUGAAAAUGGAGAAGGUUUAUCAUCCCUGUUUUCUUCUUACAAAGAAACGGUAUGUUGGGUACAGCUAUGAGAGCCCAGCCCAAACUGAACCUUCUUUCGAUGCUAAAGGUAUUGAGACUGUCAGGAGAGAUGGUUGUGGAGUAGUAUCAAAGACAUUAGAACAGUCACUAAGACUUUAUUUUGAACAACAGGACAUAUUUAAGGUUAAAGUAUAUUUACAGCGUCAAUGGACACGUAUUCUGAGUGGUAGGAUUUCUCUUCAAGAUUUUGUGUUUGCAAAGGAGGUCCGCUUGGGUACAUACAGUACUAGGGCCUCUUCCCUUCCUCCAGCUGCAAUUGUUGCCAUGAAAGCAAUGAGAGUCGAUCCUAGAGCAGAACCGCGGUAUGCUGAACGGAUACCUUAUGUCGUAAUCCAUGGGGAGCCAGGAGCACGUCUUGUCGAUAUGGUUGUAGAUCCGUUGGAUCUCUUGCAGCUCGAUUCUCCUUUCAGAUUAAACGAUCUUUAUUAUAUCACCAAACAGAUAAUCCCCGCUCUACAACGAAUUUUUGGACUUGUGGGUGCAGACUUACACCAGUGGUUUCUGGAGAUGCCACGUCCAGCUAGGCCGACAACUAGUAAACGCCAGAACCAUGCACCAGACGGACAAAGAAACAGAAUAGAUUACUAUUAUCUCUCCAAACAUUGUAUCCUUUGUGGAGAUUUAGUUCAAGCAUCAACUCGUUUGUGUGAAAAGUGCUCUCGGAAAGGACCAGCUGUGGCCGCUGCUGUGACAGGCAGAACCUCGAAGCUAGAGAGGGAUAUCCAACACCUUGCUGCAAUAUGUGGCCAUUGUGGAGGUGGAGACUGGAUCAUAGAAAGUGGAGUGAAGUGUACAUCGCUUGCAUGCUCAGUAUUCUACGAGAGACGUAAAGUACAGAAAGAACUUAAUGCUGUUUCUACUGUUGCCACUGAGGUUGGUUUCUACCCUAGUUGCAUGGUGGAGUGGUUUUGACCUAAGUCAGUCUCCUAGAGAUGGUAAAUAACUCAAUUAUUCAGCUUGUUGUCGAUAUAUAUUUUUUCUGUUCAUCUCAUGUAUAGUUAGUUUUAUGUACAGUACGCCAGUAUACGUUUGCUUUAUCAUAAACCUUCAUUCUUACAAAUGCAUGUAAAGUUUUACGAGUGCAGCUAAAUUGACAUGGUUGUAUGAAAUAGUGAUAGAUUACAUCUUACUGUCAGCAGUCUGGAUAAAGAUAUCUUC